UGCCCGAGCACACGACACGACCCGCGCACCACAUCACAUACCGCGCAACACGACUCAACGACCAACUCGGCAACUAACACGACUCAACGACCAAAAGAACACCAGUGUGUUAGUGAUGAAAGUGUUAGCCACACUCCUGAUGGCGACUGUCCUCGGUGUAGUACGAGGAGUGAUCCGAACGCCACUUGAGGCGUUCAGGCCUUCGGGUGAAAUACAUUUAAAGAGGCCGGACAAAUUGCCUCUCCUGCCACACAGGAGAACCGCGAUGCAGGCGAAAAGCGGACUCAAGAUAUUAUAUCAGAUUGGGAUGUCUGAGGAGGAUCUGCCUGAAUGUCGCGCGAGACAGGUGUGCAGUAAAGCGGACCUGUACGAUGCAACGCAGCCGUGGAUAGAGAGGAAAUGCCGAUGCUUAGGGCACAAGCCUUGCUCCAGUGAGCUAUCAGCUGAUGACAACCACACAUUAUCUGACAAAACGACAUUGUACAAGACGUGUGAACCAAUAAAGAGAUUGCCUAAAUGUAGAUACUUCAAGGAUGCUGCCUGGACGAUAUACUCUUUCCCCGACACUAACGCAACGCAACAGAUCGUCAAUUGUCAUUGCCCGAAAGCCUCUAUGACGUAUUUACUCAAGAAACUCUCGUACACGACAGCUACCGGAGAACUUGGGAACCAAUAUCAAUUCGCGUGCUCGCCGCUAAGCAGAUUGCGGUGUUCGAGAAAAGAGCCUUGCAAGUUGUUCAGUGUACGUCGGCGUCAUGAGCAGAUAGACGAGGUGAACGCAAGUACGAUCUGCCAGUGCCCCCGCGAGCACACGUGCCCCCGCCAUCACACGGAGCCGGGCGUGCUCCCCGGGGUCACGUACGCCGCCGAGGACAUCCGCACCUACCACGGGUACUGCAUGCCUGAACCCACACUAGAUACCUAUAGGUUUGUAGGUGAUAAGGAUUGAAUUUAAAACGGUUACGUUUCUAAAUAACAAUGUGAUCCAACGAGGUACUUAAUUUGUGCAUUCGUUUUUAAAAAUUAUAUAAGCCUGAUAUGCUACAAAAAAAGUAUAAUUUGAUAGUGCUAAACAAAAAGUUAAAAAAGUAUAGAACUAACAACACUGGAUAAGCAGCUUGUCGUGUAUUUAUUACAUAUAUUUUGUCGAUUCUAUUAUCGAUAUUGUUAAUCGAAUGAGACUUUGUCUAUGGGCUCGUGACAUUGUCGUGUUAUGCUCAUUGCCUGUUUAGUACAAAUUAAUUCUUUUAAAAGACAGCGAAAUAAUGGAAGUAAAUAGCUUUCGUAGUGUUUAGCUUGCAAUCUGCUUGUGGAAUACCAUAAAAUAUUUGUCGAAAACUAAAUAAUAACGUAACAUGAUUAAUUACCGAUUAAUUGUCUUGUAUCUAAAAUUAGUAGAAGUGUAAUUUUUAUAAUUACUAACUUAUAUUAAUUUAUUAAAAUAAAAUAUUACAUACAAUGUACUUUGACAAGAAUUCAAACGUUUAUUGCGAUGUAAAUAUGGGAUGAUGUUCAUUCGAAAACGUGAUUUCCUUCGUUUUAAAUGUUUUUUUUUACUUUUAAAUAUUUAUCUACAACAUUUUUUCAUGUGACAUGGAGUGAUAGAGACGCACUAUUAAUGCAAAUAUUGUAAAUAUUUUAGCGUUAACUCAUUGUUUCUGUUAUAUCGUGUAAAUAUUAUUUGUAAAGAGAUCAUUCCAAUCGUUUAACAUAAAUUAUUUUGUGUUUUUUUUUAAUUGUUUACUUGCCAUAUUACAGUUGGACUCUACUGCCGACACGCUAGUAUAAGAACAUUUUUUGUUCGCGUGUCUCGGCAGUGGGAACCGAUACAAUUGUUGCUUCAAGUCUUCCAUUUGUACGACGGAGACCAAGUCAUGUUCAUAAUUAUGUUAAGUGUAAAAUGAUAUAUGUUAUUUAAAUAGAUUGAAGCCAUAUAUAAUAUCUUUAAGUAUAUCGAAUGGUAAUGUUUUGACACUUAUUGAGGGCGGACAUACACGGACUGUUUCGAGCAGUCGGCACAACUCUUUAGCAUACGGACAGUAUUUUAUACAGGCGACUACAAUUAGCGGUCCGUGAACGAUCGUUACUUGAAGCUUUGGUACUGACUGCUUUAUGCAGUCCGUGUAUUUGUGUCACAAUUAUACUAUUUGAAAAUAAAGGUAUGUAUCCAUUAGCCCGUGCCGGACGCACGGCUCGCAAUGGAUAUUCGAUUGUUUUAUAUGAUUCUACAUAGCGCUGCAUCAAGACAAAGUAAAUCAGUUUAAUCCGUGCGUGCGGUAUGUCCGGCGUCGUCCAAUGAACGCUUACCUUUAAAUGACUACUCAAUAUACGAAAACGUUAUGAAUACAAUUUGCGUAGUAUGGCUGUCAAAUGAGUUGAUGAAGAGUUCUUCCAAGUGUAUAGAUACAGGUAUCUAUUGUAAUUUAUGUAAAUAU